GACCCGGAAACAGAUGCGCAACCGGGUGCCACGAAACCCCCAUGUGGUGCGUAUUUCAGUCAAAAACAACAUGGCGGAAACCGCCUAAAUUCUGAGUAAGGGCGAACUUUGACGCGUUAAUCCGUGGAUCCAGUAUAAGUUGAAGUUAUUGUUUGAACUACACAAGGUUCUCUGUACCUUUCUGAUUACGGAGAUACAUUGUAUGGUCUCAUUUGACGUAUCGUGACCUUUCUACGACUUUUGGUAUGGAGCAUUCUAAGUACUCAAUGCGGCGCGUCACAAAAUCGAGGUAACGUAAAACAGGUUCGCGCUAGUUGUAAGACGACCUGUCAAGGCCACUCGCACAAAGGAUAUUGCGCAUGCGCACAAAUGCCGUCUGCAUUCUUUACUACAAACAUGGCCGCCAUCGUCGGCUGGAUAAUUGAGUCCGUCCGGGAGAUUUUGCAGAUCUCUGGGCUGAGUCUGCAGUCUUUUCUCGUCUUCUGUACGGCCUUUAGUCUGGCAUGUUUCCUCUUGAAACCCCGCAGAAACCUGCCUCCCUACCCCGCAGGACGUGUGCCUGUUCUCGGGCACCUCCUCGCCUUGGGCCGAGCGCCUCACCUCAAGCUAACGGCGUGGAGGUGGCAGUACGGGGACGUCUUCACCGUCAGGAUGGGGAUGGAAGAUGUGGUGGUUCUGAACGGCUACACUGCCGUCAAGGACGCGCUCGUGGACAGGUCCGAGCUGUUCGCCUCCAGGCCGACAAAUUACCUUCUUGAUGCGCUGCCUGGUUCUGGAAAAGACAUAGCUUCUGCCAGCUGGGGGACGGAGUUCAGACAGAGAAAGAGGUUCGCCACCGCCGUCCUGAAGAACCUGGGCAUGAAGGUCGGAACCGGCAGCAUUGAGGUGAAAAUCCAAGAGGAGGCGAGCUGUCUACGCAACAGGGUUGCAGAAUACAAUGGAAACCCCACUGACAUCACCCAUGACGUGACCGUAGCGGUUGCAAACGUCGUCUGUUCCAUGGUGAUGGGGAAGCGGUACGACUACCAGGACGAGACGUUCAGGGAACUGUCAGAGGCGGUUGUCAGGUCAGCGAUUGAAGCUGGUGCUGGACAGAUCCUCAGCGUCUUCCCCUUUCUUCGGUUUGUUCCUGUUGUGAACAGAGCCGGCAUGAAUGCACUAAAUGAGGUCUUAAAGAUUACAAAUGUGUUAAGAGAGGAGAUAUCUCAUCAUCGCGAGAACCUGGAUCGCGAGAACCCGCGAGACUUCCUCGACUUCUGCCUGCUGGAGGUUGAGAAGCAGGAGAAGGUGGAGGGUCUGACAGAAGAAAACGUCCUGUACAUGGCUCAGAACCUAUUCUUGGCUGGCACGGAGACAACCACCAACACGCUAAUGUGGAGUCUGCUCUACAUGACUCUGAACCCAGACACCCAGAAAAAGGUGCAACAGGAGCUUGAUGUCGUUGUUGGUGAGAGUCUGCCCACCCUGUCCCACCGUUCCCAGCUGCACUACGUGAACGCCUGUCUGCUGGAGGUCAUGAGGAUUCGGCCCAUCGUACCUCUGUCGGUCCCCCACGCCACAACAAAGACGGUCAAAGUUGAAGAAUAUCAAAUUCCUAAGGAAACUCAGAUACUACUGAACCUGCACUCCCUCCACAUGGACCCCGCCUACUGGCCUGAUCCGGACCGGUUUGACCCCGGAAGGUUUCUGGACUCGGAAGGAAACGUCAUCAACAAGCCUGAGUCCUUCAUGCCUUUUGGAGGAGGUAAGGCUAAAAUGCCGACCCGUGUGUGCCUUGGGGAGCAGCUGGCUAGAAUGGAGCUGUUCCUGUUCUUCUCGACCCUGCUGCAGUCCUUCAGCUUCAAGUCGCUUGAUGGCGCUCCCACUCCCAACACUGACGGCGUCUUUGGAUUAACGUUGAAAUCGCAUCCUUUUAAGCUCUGUGCGAUCCCGCGUUAGUUUGUAGGCUAGAUGUGUGAGAGAUGACGUGACUCAUUUAAUUUUUCUUCUAAAUAGUAAAAUGUAUCUUUAGGUACCUUUUUUAAUUGAUGUAUCAUCGGCAAAGAUAGGGUUGCGGUAGCAGUAGCUAUACUAUAAUGCUUUAACGGACAUAUGUAUACCAUAUGUGAUCACAAUAAAAGAAAAUAAUAGGCUCUAUACACUGAUAUGCAUAUGGAAGAUAAGACACCAUGAAAGAGUGUAAAGCUUGACAAAUAAAAACGGAAACUAAACGGAAUUGUGCUGAUAAGAGUACUAGUACACGUAUAUGUAAGGUACUAGAAAUGACUUGAAAAAAUACCAGCUGUACUUACUUGUUUAUUUGUUUAUGUUUAUUUGAAUUUACCACAAGAUAUACAAGUGGAGGGGAGGACAAAACAGGUGCACUGACACCUUUACAAGUUGUCCUCCUUACUGAGAUAUUAUGCCCUAAAUAAAGAGAUUGCAGCAUGUUUGGCUGUGAAGAGUCAUGUGCCGUAAUGGUAUGGGUACCAUAUGUCCCCGGACCCAGAUAUACUGAGUCGGAAUCCCCUGACAUGUCUCAUUUUUACAGCAUUAUACGUCAAACACCGGGGAUUAUCUCACCAGAAACCAAAGGGUGUUGGCAGUGCACGUCUUUAUUUUAUUUACCUUUAAAACCAACCAUGAAACAGAAAUUAAAGGGUGGGGUUAGUGCAGUUUUUCUUCUUAAGCAUACGUUAUGUCAAUUAGUAAAGUGCUCAUUUAAAUACAUGCAAUGCACAUUCAUAUCUGUAUGAGCAUAUUAAAUAUAUGUUAAACCAGUCAUUGUUUG